AUGGCUUUGGCAGGACGGAUAACUUUAGUGACUGGAGCAAGUAGAGGAAUUGGUCGCGGUUGUGCGAAAGCUCUUGCCGACCAAGGAGCUACUGUUUACAUUACUGGACGCAAGCUAGAAACUCUUUCGCAAACUGCUAAAGAAAUCGGCGGAGAUGUCGUUCCAGUUGUUUGUGAUCAUUCUGAUGACGACCAAGUCGAGAAAUUAUUCAAGCAAAUUGACUCCGAUAACGCUGGCCGCCUUGAUAUGAUCGUGAACAACUGCUACGCUGCAGUAACUACUCUUUUGGGAAAAGAUAGUGCACAAGCUGUAGAUAAAUUCUGGGAGCAGCCUCCCCAAAUUUGGGAUACCGUCAACAACGUCGGGCUAAGAGCAAAUUACAUCGCCUCUGUUUAUGCUGCACGGCUAAUGGUUCCUCGUGGUGCUGGGCUCAUCGUAAACAUGAGCUCUCCUGGGGGUCUCACCUAUCUUUUCAACACUGCAUAUGGUGUCGGAAAAGCCGCUCAAGAUCGAAUGGCUCAGGACUUCAACGUCGAGCUCCGCGGAACAGGCGUCAAAGCUCUCUCAAUCUGGCCAGGAGCUGUCAAAACGGAACUAAUCGUUGAAAAUAUUCUCGAAUCCGACAGUGAUCAACACCACAUUCAAGCAGCGAAAAAGGGCUUUGAAAAGGGGCAGACGCCUGAAUGGGUUGGAAAAACAGUUGCCGCGUUGUUGACCGAUCCCAAUAUUGAUUCUAAAGCUGGACGUGUCAUCUGGUGCCAUGAUAUUGCUGACGAGUUUGAUAUCAAGGAAGUCGACGGAAGCCAUGUCACCAGCAUCCGUUCACUUCGCAAUAGCAUCGCUGCGUCUUACAUGGCUAGGAAAGUAGAUGCACCAGCAUUCCUAUCCUUAAUUCCAGAGACACUUUUGAUUCCAUCGUGGCUGUUCAAAAUCGGUCUUUGGAUGCGUGGAAACAAAUUCUAA